GUGUAAAAGUUUUUAAAAGUGAGUUCUAAGCUGGAUUUUAAACAGGACUAACAGCUUGGCAGUGUCCUUGCAGAAAUGGAUUACCAGUGCUAACUAUCAACAGGAUUUUCCUGUGUAUACAAUUAAACCAACAAUUUCCGAUUAGCCUAACAAAAUGGCUAACAAAGUGAUUUUUGUGGCGUUGUGGCUGCUUUUUAUUUCAUCUGUUUUGACAGAGAAUGGAGACAUUAUAAUAACCGAUGAUGACGACGAGGAUAUCAACCCGCUGCUCCAGGCCGCACCGGAAGUCGUCGAUAAGGAGAACGAACGGAACGAACGCCACAUUAGCUUCAACAUCCUCAAAGCCCCAGCAGUUAGUGCACGAUACACUUAUGGCGGUUCUGAAGGAGGCCGUAGUGGAUUCGGAGGAGGAUAUGGUGUUGGUGGAGGUGGAGGUGGUGGUUAUGGCGGGAUAAAGACGUCUCAUGCCGCUGGAGGACUGCUUACCAAAACCUUGGGCUUUUUAGGCAUGGGUGGCCAGGGAAGUCAGGGCAACUUUUACGGAGGCGGAGGACACUUUCUAGCAGCCUUCGGAAAAUGUUCAGCCCUCCAACUGCCGUCCAAUGUUCAGUCUGAAUGCCACAAUGGUCGUUGCAAAGUCUUCUGCCCAACUGGCUAUAGUUUCGCACAGGACGUUUCAGUCCUGGAGAUGUUCUGCAGCAAUGAUGGAUGGAUCAUAGGCAACUCCGUGUUUGCGGAGGUGCCACCCUGUCAGGCACAAUGUACACCUCCAUGCCAAAACAAUGGCAUCUGCAUUUCCGCCGGAGUGUGCCAGUGUCCGGAGAACUACUACGGUCCGCUGUGUCAGCAAAAGAAGUCCAUAUGUGCAUCCUUUCCGAAGGCACCGAAAAACUCCAAAGUAUCCUGCAAGAACAAUAUGUGCCACGCGGAGUGCAUGAGAGGAUUUCAGUUUCCAGACGGCAGCGGAAUUACGAACAUUGAGUGCCGCAAUGGCCAGUGGGUGCACACUAAAACUGGGCUAUCCAAAACUCCAGAUUGUGCUCCUACUUGUGCGCCCGCCUGCCAAAACGGAGGUCAGUGCAUUAGUUUCAAUGUCUGUCAGUGCUCUAAGAUGUUCCGCGGAGACCAUUGUCAAUAUAACAUUGACAGAUGCAAUGUGACUAAUACAAAUUUUAAUGGAAACUACAAGUGUGCCUACGAAAUGGACGACGCUCGUUGCACAUUUAGUUGUCCUCAAGUACCGGGAUUAAAAAUCCAAGGACGAAUUGACAUAGAGUACAAGUGUAACUAUCUGCAAGGACAAUAUCUGCCUGCCCCGCUUCCAAAGUGUAUUUUCCCUCCUGGAUACACCGUUCGGUCCACAUCAUCCAUGCAAGGUGUAACGCAUCAGAAUGGCGUUUAUCAUCGCGGAAUGAGUGGGGAAAUGGCUUAUGAACUCCAAACAGAACGUCAAAAACUACUUGCUCUGCUCGCAAAAUAUCGGGAUCUGGAAAGAAGAAGUGAAUGGUGGUCUUCGGAGGAAACUGUUGUCACCAUGAGCAGUUAUUCCUUGUACCAGAGCAACAAUUUGGAUAUCGUCAUCGACAAAACCCCACGACCAGCACUUUGCACCACUUGGGGUGGUAUUAACAUGAAAACCUUUGAUGGUCUGGUUUUCAAGGCUCCUCUAUCCUGUUCACACACGCUAAUUACAGACAAGGUCUCGGGUACAUUCGACAUUAUCCUGAAGGCUUGUCCUUAUGGCUCUGGGUAUGGCUGCGCACACACCUUGAAAAUUCUAUGGCAAUCGGUUCUAUACACUUUUGAAAACCUGAAUGGCACCAUGCAGCUGACCACACCGAUUAAGAAGCUUCCAAUGCCUGUCCAGGUUAUGGGCAUGAAAGUCAUGCCGGUGGCCCAGCAUGUGCAGAUCGAUCUCGAGUCUGUAGGUCUCAAGCUGGAUUGGGAUCAUCGGCAGUAUGUGUCCGUGCAGGCGGGACCCCAAAUGUGGGGAAAAGUUGGAGGUCUCUGUGGAACCCUGGAUGGUGAUCCUAACACGGACUUGACCUCCAGAACGGGCAAAAAGUUGGCCACGGUCAAGGCCUUCGCAGAUGCCUGGCGCGUCGAGGAUCGCAGUGAAUUGUGCCAGGUGGAGAAUAGUGCAGAGAUGGAGUUCGGUAUGGAUUCCUGUGAGCAAUCUAAGCUACAAAAGGCUGUAUCAGUCUGUGAGCGUCUGUUGGCCAACGAAAAGCUCGGUGACUGCAUUAAACCCUUUAAUUACGACGCCCUGAUCCGCACCUGCAUGGCGGACUACUGCAAUUGUGCCAAUCGAGAGCACCCGGAAAGCUGCAAUUGCGAUGCCAUUGCCAUGCUGGCCAAGGAGUGCGCCUUCAAGGGCAUUAAACUGGAGCACGGUUGGCGCAAUCUGGAAAUCUGUCCCAUCAGUUGUGGCUUUGGGCGCGUUUAUCAGGCCUGUGGUCCAAAUGUGGAGCCGACUUGCGAUUCAGACCUAGCGCUACCAGCCUCAAAAGGCGCAUGCAACGAAGGCUGUUUUUGUCCGGAAGGAACUGUGCAGUACAAGGAGGCGUGCAUCACUCGAGAACUUUGCCCGUGUUCCCUUCGCGGCAAGGAAUUCAAGCCAGAGUCGACGGUCAAAAAGAAUUGCAACACCUGCACCUGUAAGAACGGUCAGUGGCGGUGUACGGAGGAUAAAUGUGGCGCCCGCUGUGGGGCCGUUGGAGAUCCGCAUUAUCAGACGUUCGAUGGCAAACGAUAUGAUUUUAUGGGAAAAUGCUCCUAUCAUCUUCUGAAGACCCAAAAUACCUCGGUAGAGGCGGAGAAUGUGGCUUGCUCGGGAGCCGUUUCGGAGUCAAUGAAUUUUGCCGCUCCCGAUGAUCCGUCAUGCACAAAGGCGGUGACCAUCCGAUUUAUCCUGCGCGAUGGCACCCCAUCGGUGAUUAAGCUCGAUCAAGGACUGACCACGAUAGUUAAUGACAAGCCCAUCGCCAAGUUACCCAAGAUGCUGGGCCUGGGCGAGGUCCUCAUCCGGCGGGCUAGUUCCACCUUCCUGACUGUGGAGUUCGCAGAUGGCAUUCGCGUCUGGUGGGACGGAGUUUCACGGGUGUAUAUCGAUGCACCGCCCAGUUUGCGAGGCCAAACUCAGGGCCUUUGCGGAACCUUUAACUCCAACACACAGGAUGACUUUCUAACGCCAGAGGGCGAUGUGGAAACUGCCGUGGAACCCUUCGCGGACAAGUGGCGGACAAAGGACACUUGUCAAUUUAAGGCUGAAACCCAUCAAGGACCUCAUCCCUGCACGUUGAACCCGGAGAAGAAAGCCCAGGCUGAGAAGUUCUGUGAUUGGAUACUUCAGGACAUCUUCCAGGACUGUCACUUUCUGGUGGAGCCAGAGCAGUUCUAUGAGGAUUGCCUCUACGAUACAUGCGCCUGCAAGGAUGAAAUGUCCAAGUGCUUCUGUCCCAUCCUUUCCGCCUAUGGCACAGAAUGCAUGCGACAGGGUGUUAAGACAGGCUGGCGAAUGUCUGUUAAGGAAUGCGCUGUAAAAUGUCCUUUGGGCCAAGUGUUUGACGAGUGCGGUGAUGGCUGUGCCCUAUCCUGUGACGAUCUCCCCAGCAAAGGAUCUUGCAAGCGGGAGUGCGUCGAGGGAUGUCGUUGUCCCCAUGGAGAAUAUGUCAACGAAGACGGCGAGUGCGUGCCGAAGAAGAUGUGUCAUUGCAAUUUUGACGGCAUGUCCUUCCGACCGGGCUACAAAGAGGUGCGACCAGGAGAGAAAUUCCUAGAUUUGUGCACCUGCACAGACGGCGUGUGGGACUGCCAGGAUGCCGAGCCGGGGGACAAAGAUAAGUAUCCGCCAUCAUCAGAGCUGCGCUCAAAAUGUGCCAAGCAACCCUACGCCGAGUUUACCAAAUGUGCGCCCAAGGAACCGAAAACGUGCAAGAACAUGGACAAGUAUGUGGCCGACUCUUCAGAUUGUCUUCCCGGAUGCGUUUGCAUGGAGGGAUACGUAUAUGAUACUUCCCGCUUGGCCUGCGUUCUGCCAGCCAACUGCUCCUGCCACCAUGCCGGAAAGAGCUACGAUGACGGCGAGAAGAUCAAGGAGGACUGCAAUCUCUGUGAGUGCAGGGCUGGCAACUGGAAAUGCUCGAAAAAUGGCUGCGAGUCUACGUGCAGCGUUUGGGGUGAUUCCCACUUCACCACCUUCGAUGGCCACGACUUCGACUUCCAGGGAGCUUGUGACUAUGUGCUUGCAAAGGGAGUUUUCGACAAUGGCGAUGGCUUCAGCAUAACCAUCCAGAAUGUUUUGUGUGGCACUAUGGGUGUGACUUGUUCAAAGUCGCUGGAAAUCGCUCUCACUGGCCAUGCUGAAGAAUCGCUGCUUCUGAGUGCGGACUCUGCGUACAGCACUGAUCCCAAUAAGACGCCUAUUAAAAAGCUUCGUGACAGUGUCAACUCAAAAGGUCACAAUGCCUUCCACAUCUACAAAGCUGGUGUUUUUGUGGUGGUGGAAGUGAUCCCGCUAAAGUUGCAAGUGAAAUGGGACGAAGGCACGCGGGUUUACGUGAAGCUGGGCAACGAGUGGCGCCAGAAAGUCAGCGGCCUGUGCGGUAACUAUAAUGGCAAUAGUCUGGAUGAUAUGCAGACACCCUCGAUGGGAUUGGAGACGAGUCCCAUGCUCUUUGGCCAUGCCUGGAAAUUGCAGCCUCACUGCUCAGCUCCAGUGGCGCCCAUCGAUGCCUGCAAAAAGCAUCCGGAGCGCGAGACCUGGGCGCAACUGAAGUGUGGAGCUCUGAAGUCGGAUCUGUUCAAGGAGUGCCAUGCUGAAGUUCCUCUGGAACGUUUCUGGAAACGAUGCAUUUUCGAUACGUGUGCCUGCGAUCAGGGCGGCGAUUGCGAGUGUCUCUGCACUGCUGUGGCUGCCUAUGCGGAUGCUUGUGCCCAGAAAGGCAUCAAUAUUCGCUGGAGAUCACAGCAUUUCUGCCCCAUGCAAUGUGAUCCCCACUGCUCGGACUAUAAAGCCUGCACUCCUGCCUGUGCUGUGGAGACAUGUGACAACUUCCUCGAUCAGGGAAUCGCUGAGCGCAUGUGCAACCGUGAGAACUGCCUCGAGGGAUGCCACAUCAAGCCGUGCGAGGAUGGAUUCAUUUACCUAAACGACACCUACCGCGAUUGUGUGCCCAAGGCCGAGUGUAAGCCAGUGUGUAUGGUGAGAGAUGGAAAGACAUUCUACGAAGGUGACAUUACCUUUACGGAUUCAUGUGCCACCUGUCGGUGCUCCAAGCGCAAGGAGAUUUGCAGCGGUGUAAAGUGUGAUGUUCCUGCAACGACAGGCCUUCCGGCUCCACUAGUUGAGGGCACGACUCUACCAACGCCUCUGGCUACUCAAAAUCAGACCAAGUGCGUCAAGGGAUGGACUCGGUGGUGCGACAAGGAUCGGGAUACAUCGGACAAGAGUGUGCGACUAAAUGAUGAGGAGAAGGUGCCACGCUACGAUAGAAUGGAAAAUGUCUAUGGCACAUGCCUAAAGCAAUAUAUGACCAAGGUGGAGUGCCGGGUGAAGGAUACCCACGAGGCACCGGAGCAAAUGGACGAGAAUGUGGUUUGCAGUCUGGAAGAGGGUCUUCGGUGUAUUGGAAAAUGCCACGAUUAUGAACUGCGCGCCUUUUGCCAGUGCGAUGAGGAACUAGAGCCCGAAUUGCCCAAGCCCACUGAAAAGCCACAACUUGGUCUGGCCUGCGAUGCCGCCGUUGUGGAGUACAAGGAAUUCCCAGGAGAUUGCCAUAAGUUUUUGCAUUGUCAGCCCAAGGGAGUUGAGGGCGGAUGGAUCUACGUGGAAAAAACCUGCGGGGAGUACAUGAUGUUUAAUCCGACCAUGUUAAUUUGUGAUCAUAUCGCAACCGUAACAGAGAUCAAACCAAACUGUGGCUUGAAACCCGAACCAGAACCGGAAUUUGAGCCCAUCAAGCAAUGUCCACCAGGCAAAAUAAAGUCGGAAUGUGCCAAUCAGUGUGAAAAUACGUGUCAUUACUAUGGCAGCAUUCUAAAGAAGAGAGGUCUCUGUCAGGUUGGUGAACACUGUAAGCCUGGUUGUGUGGACGAGCUGCGACCAGAUUGCCCCAAACUUGGAAAGUUUUGGCGCGAUGAGGACACUUGCGUCCAUGCUGAUGAAUGUCCUUGCAUGGACAAGGCGGAACACUACGUUCAGCCGCACAAACCCGUCCUUGGAGAGUUUGAGGUGUGUCAGUGCAUCGACAAUGCGUUCACCUGUGUGCCCAAUAAACCAGAACCAGUUCCCAAGGAUGAAGAUGACGAUCUGGAUCUGGUAUCUGUGGUUCCCAUUUACCCUGUUACCCUAACACCACCUCUACAAUGUUCUCCAGAGCGCCUUAUUCCCAAGAUUGAAAACCCUGCACAUUCACUGCCCGAUAGCAUUUUCAAUGCCAGUUCUCAAUUGGCGCCUGAACAUGGCCCGAAAAUGGCUCGUCUGACCAAAGAACAACCGAGGGGCAGCUGGUCACCUAGCAUUAACGAUCAGAUGCAGUAUCUGGAACUAAACUUUGCGAAGCCAGAGCCAUUCUAUGGUGUGGUUAUGGCUGGUAGCCCGGAGUUUGAUAACUACGUUACUCUAUUCAAGAUCCUUCACAGCCAUGAUGGAAUCGCCUACCAUUAUCUGGUGGACGAAACGGAAAAGCCUCAAAUGUUCAAUGGCCCCCUAGAUUCAAGGGCUCCAGUCCAGACUCUGUUUAAGAUCCCCAUUGAAGCUAGUUCCCUUCGCAUUUAUCCCCUUAAAUGGCAUGGCUCCAUCGCCAUGCGUGUGGAGCUCCUGAUCUGUGGAGAUAAGGAAGAGCCUAAGCCAGUGCCCACAGUUUCAACAAUUCUACCAAUCACUGAGCGACCAGCUCGAUUGGUAGAUUUGGAAUGCAUUGAUCUCAUGGGCGUGGAUGAGGGUAAAAUGUACCAGGAUCAAGUUCAAUCGAGCAGUUUGUGGCAGCAACCCAAUUUGGGAAAGAAAUUACAGCUUCUGGAGCUGUUAAAGCUAUCGACACCACUAGCUUGGCGCCCCUUGGCAAAUAGUCAAAACGAGUUCAUUGAGUUUGAUUUCUUGGAGCCACGAAAUAUAUCUGGAUUUGUCACCAAGGGUGGUCCAGAUGGAUGGGUAACUGGCUACAAGGUGAUGUUCUCGAAGAAGAAACCCACUUGGAAUACAGUUCUCUCAACCGACGGACAGGCACGCAUCUUCGAGGCAAAUCACGAUGCUGAAACUGAGCGCAGACAUCAUUUUAAGAAUCCCAUUCUAACGCAGUACAUUAAGAUUGUGCCGGCUUACUGGGAGAAGAACAUCAAUAUGCGAAUCGAACCACUCGGAUGCUUCUUACCAUAUCCUGAAAUACAACGUCAAGUGCCCGUUGAGGAGAGCAAGCCCACCAAGUGCAAUAUCUGCGAUGGUGUGUCGACCUCCAGUUCGACUACUGGAUGUCAGUGCCAGGAUCAACUCUUCUGGGAUGGCAACACAUGUGUACAACACAAUCUCUGUCCUUGCAUAGAGAACUAUGUAAGCUAUCCGAUAGGUAGCAAAUUUGAGAACUCAGCUUGCGAGGAUUGCGUCUGUGUGCUUGGUGGCCAUAAGAAUUGCAAACCCAAGAAGUGCCCGCCAUGUCUGGGCGGUAAAUUGCGUCCAGUGAUUACCAGCGACUGUUUCUGUAAGUGCGAACCUUGUCCCAAACACCAAAGAUUGUGCCCGUCCAGUGGAGAUUGUAUACCCGAAAUUCUGUGGUGCAAUGGUGUUCAGGAUUGUGCUGAUGACGAAGAUGCCAGUUGCAGUGAUUCAUUCACUGUUGAGCCGGACGUCAGCCGAGAAAAGAAUGAGACUGAAGUCAUUACAUGCCCCGUCCCCGUUUGUCCGCCUCAAAUGAAAAUAAGAAUUACGGAGAAAAAGUCUAGAAAGAUGUCAAAGAUGUUCACCUUCUCGAAGCAGGUGUCAAUAGUGGACGAUGGAACGACCAUCACAAAGACCAAGUUCAUCUCGUCCAAGGAACAAAUUCUGGCUAUGCCGAACCGGGAAUUGGACUUUCAACUGGAAGAGCAGUGCGAUGAGUUCACUUGUGUGCCCAUUCCCAGCAAGCAAGUGGACAAAAACGAGACUGUCACCUGCACGGAACCAAAGUGUCCUGAGAAAUACGAUGUGGAAUUGGACAUGAGUGCGUCGAAAGUGGGUGACUGUCUGAGAUACAGCUGCGUCCUUCGGCCCAACAAAGACGAUGUGUGUGAAAUCAGUGGCAAGAGUUUUACCACCUUUGAUGGAACUGUUUUCAAAUACGGACCUUGCAGCCACAUCCUGGCCAGAGAUAUUCAUAGCAGUAGUUGGUCAAUAUCGGUCCAUCAGCAGUGUAGCGAUGAGACACGUAAAGUCUGUCACAAGGUGAUCACCAUUCAAGACACCGAGGCUGGCAAUGAGUUGAUCCUUUUGCCUCAUCUGAAGCUCAAGUUUAAUGGCUAUGAGUUCACAGUGCAGCAAUUGAUAAAUUCGCCCAUUUGCAAGGCUUCAUUCGUUGUUUCCCAGCCGGGCAAGACUCUUCUGGCCGUGUCCACCAAAUAUGGCUUCUGGGUGCAGCUCGAUGACAUUGGAAUCGUCAAAGUGGGCAUAUCAUCCAAGUUUAUUCGCACAGUCGAUGGAUUGUGUGGCUACUACAAUGGAAACCAAAAGGAUGACAAGAGAUCACCAGAUGGUCAGAUUAUUCCAAAUACCGAAAAGUUCGGCGACAGUUGGUAUGAUAAGCGGAUACCCAAGGACCAAUGUGGAGAUCUUAAGUGCCCCAGGGAGAUGCAGGCAAAGGCCUUGCAGCUGUGUAACAUCAUUCAUCAUCCAACCUUUGCUCGUUGCCACAAGGCAGUUAACUACAAGCAAUUCCUUAACAAUUACUGCCUCGAAGCUGCCUGCAAUUGCAUGAUGGCCAACAAUGGAGAUCCUGCCGCCUGCAAGUGUAACAUCUUGGAGAGCUUUGUGAAAAAGUGUCUUAGUGUAAAUCCACUAGUUCAAUUGACUACAUGGAGAGCUGUGGCCCAGUGCGAGAUUAAUUGUCCCUCGCCAUUAGUGCACACCGACUGUUACAAGAGACGUUGUGAGCCAUCUUGCGAUAAUGUUCACGGAGACGACUGCCCAGUACUUCCGGAUGCCUGCUUCCCGGGAUGUUAUUGUCCCGAGGGAACUGUCCGUAAGGGUCCCAACUGCGUACCCAUAUCCGAGUGUAAAGACUGUGUGUGCAAUUCAUUGGGCGCCUCCAAGUACAUGACCUAUGACCGGAAGAGUUUUAGCUUUAAUGGAAACUGCACCUAUCUGCUGUCACGCGAUGUCGUCCUCCCUGGUGUCCACACAUUCCAGGUAUACGUUAGCAUGGAUGACUGUAAGAAACUGGGACAGCCAACUCCAGUGGAAGGCGGCAGCUGCGCUAAAUCACUGCACAUUCUCAACGGUGACCAUGUGAUUCAUGUUCAGCGCGUUCCACAGAAACCCAAAUCCCUGCAGGUCCUGGUCGACGGAUUCGAGGUUAAGAAAAUACCAUACAAAGAUAGUUGGAUUAGCCUUCGGCAAGUGGUAGGCAAGGAACUGGUGCUCUCCCUUCCGGAAUCACAUGUGGAAUUGACUGCCUCCUUUGAAGACCUGAUAUUCUCCUUGGGCGUACCAAGUAUCAAAUAUGGAAGCAAAAUGGAGGGACUUUGCGGCGACUGUAAUGGCAAUGCAGGCAAUGAUCUCCAGCCGAAUCCAGCUAAAAAGAAAGCAGGAGUGGAUGUCAUCCAAAGCUGGCAGGCGGAUGAGCCUAAGCUGGGAUUGGUUGAAGAGUGUCUAAGUGAGGAUGUGCCCAAGGAGCACUGCAUACCCCUACCGCCAGAGAAGGAUCCCUGUUUGCAGUUCUACAAUGCUGAAUUAUUUGGCAAGUGUCCUUUGGCUGUGGAUCCCAUUGCCUAUGUCUCCGCCUGUCAGCAGGACAUCUGCAAGCCCGGAAACACCCAGCAAGGAGUCUGCGUGGCUCUGGCCGCUUAUGCCAAGGAGUGUAACCAGCACGGCAUAUGCACCAAUUGGAGAAGACCGCAACUGUGUCCCUACGAAUGUCCCAGCGAUAUGGUUUACGAGCCAUGCGGCUGUGCUAAGAAUUGCGAUACCAUCAAGGCAUUAUCCGAAUUUGAUGCAGUGAGCCUUAAAAACGAGGCUGUAGUUCAUACCGUUAAGACUGAUGAAAUGUGUUUGAGUUCGGAGCGAUUCGAGGGCUGCUUCUGUCCUCCUGGAAAGGUAAUGGAUGGUGGACAGUGUGUGCCCGAAAUAGCCUGCACAAAGUGCGAUGAUGGACUCCACUUGCCUGACGAGAAAUGGAAGAAGGAUAAGUGCACCGAAUGUCAGUGUGAUUCUAAAGGAAAGACCACGUGUGUGGAAAAGAAGUGCCAGGUGGAGGAAAAUAUCUGCGCCGAAGGCUAUAGACCUGAGACCAUAGUCAGCGUGGAUGAAUGCUGUCCUAGAUAUCGAUGUGUCCCGGAGACGAAGGACCCAUCCAAACUGUGCCUUGCUCCUCUAGUGCCCAUUUGCGGUCCUGGACAAUUUAAAAAGGAAAAGAAGGAUGUCAAUGGUUGUUCGCAGUACAUAUGCGAGUGCAUACCGAAGGACCAGUGCGAAAUAAUUGAGCUGCGGGAGCUGCUUCCAGGCGAGAUCAUUGUGAAUGUAGAAGAAGGCUGCUGCCCCACUCAGAAGAUUGAGUGUAAGCCGGAGACUUGCCCCAAGGCGCCUGUUAACUGUCAAGAACGAUUCUACGAAGUAAAGACCAUCAAGGAGCCAGGAAUGUGCUGCUCCAAGCACUCAUGUGUACCUCCCAAGGAUCUGUGCAUUGUUCAGUAUGAGCUCGACGAAGCCACAAAGUUCACCAAGACAGUGGGUGAUAAGUGGACCCAUGCCAAGGAGGUUUGCAAGCAGGAGACAUGUUCCUAUGGUCCGGAUGGCAAUGCCCAGGUUGUCAGCACUUUGGAACAGUGUCUCACUGACUGCGCCCCAGGAUUCAGCUACCAGAACUUGGACAAAACCAAAUGCUGUGGCAAGUGUGUCCAGACUUCGUGCAUCUUUGAGCAAAAACUAUACGAAGUCAACGCACUUUGGAAGUCGGCGGACAAUUGCACUACCUACAGUUGCCUGAAGAAGGAUGGCCAAUUUUUGGUUACCACCUCGAGAGAAGUAUGUCCGGAUGUGGGUAGUUGCCUAUCCCACCUGUUGUACCAAGAUGGCUGCUGCAAACGAUGCAAGUCGGAACCAUUGGUGGAGGACAAAUCAUCUUGUUUACCCGUUUCCUUGGCCGAGUCGCGUACGAAGGAGAUUCUCAAGUUCCCUGUGCAAGGACAUGGAACAUGUGUGAAUGCCGAUCCCAUUCAGGGCUUCACCGACUGCGAGGGUGCCUGCUCCUCUGGUUCCAAGUACAAUACACUCACGGACAUGCACGAGAAGUUCUGUACUUGCUGCAGCAUAAAAUCCUAUCAUCCGAUUUCCGUGAAAAUGAUUUGCGAUGAUGGUCACACAUUUACACAGAAGCACGAGGUGCCCUCCAACUGCGGAUGCUCGCCGUGCUCAGAGUUUUCGGACUCUGCAAUCGAUGUGCGAAUGCAGCAGGAUGCGCAGUCUCCACUACUCCAAUUACUCGGCAACCAUAGACAUUAAUAACUUAUUGGUUGUCUGAGAAAGUCAUUUCGUUAGUUUUAAGAAUGUCGAGCAUAAAAAUAAAAUUUUU